UUCCAUCUUCUCUCCCCACCCAAAAGCACUCCCCAUUCGGCAGCAGUCGGCACCUUCUCCCGCACACCGUCCCUUGUUGUCACUUCACUCGGACCAUUUCACAAACACGCCACCUGCAUUCCAAAUCCCAUCUCCGUCCGAUUCACAAUGGUCGACGUCGACCGGCGAAUGACCGGCCUCAACCCGGCUCACGUAGCCGGCCUCCGCCGCCUCUCCGCCCGAGCCGCUGCUGGCCCACCAACCCCGACAACCGCCUCAAAAUCCACCCUUCCCGUACGGAAUGGCCUUCUCUCCUUCGCCUCGUUAGCUGACAACGUCAUAUCCCACCUCAAAAGUUCCGGUUUCCAGGUCCAGCCGGGUCUGUCCGAAUCCGAGUUCGCCCGGGCAGAAGCUGAGUUCGGAUUCAUAUUCCCUCCCGACCUCAAAGCCAUUCUCUCAGCUGGGUUGCCGGUGGGCCCGGGUUUCCCGGACUGGCGCGCCGCCGGUGCCCGCCUCGGUCUCAAGGCCUCGCUCGACCUCCCGAUCGCUGCGAUUUCGUUUCAAAUCGCGAGGAACACCCUUUGGUCUAAGUCCUGGGGUCUGAGACCGUCCGACCCGGAAAAGGCCUUGCGGGUCGCGAGAACCGCUUUGAAGAGAGCCCCGCUUUUGAUACCAAUUUUCAACCAUUGCUACAUUCCUUGCAACCCCUGUUUGGCGGGGAACCCCAUCUUCUUCGUCGACGAGAAUCGGAUCUUCUGUUGCGGGUUGGAUCUAUCCGAUUUCUUCGAGCGGGAGUCAUUGUUUCGGAAAUCGGAGACCGACCCGUAUAUCCUAAAGAAGCAGAGAUCAGUGAGCGAGAAAUCGGCCGGGUCGUCUUCGAAUUUCUCGCGGCGGAGCCUAGACACUGGUUACGGGUCAGGAACCAAAACACCGAGAUGGGUCGAGUUUUGGAGCGACGCCGCCGUGGAUCGUCGCCGGAGGAAUUCAAACUCUUCCUCGUCCUCGUGCUCUUCGCCGGAAAGGUUCUUCGAUAUGCCGUCGAGGUUCGAAAUCCCGAAAUGGGUGGACGAGUACAUUGAUCAAAUCGGGUCGGCUUUGAGACAGGGCGGGUGGAGCGACACGGAUAUAUCAGACAUUGUUUCCGUAUCGGCCUCCGGCUUUUUCGAGGGAGAAAUGGUCAUGCUGGAUAACCAAGCGGUGCUCGACGCGCUGCUGCUUAAAGCGGAUCGGUUCUCGGAUUCGCUCCGAAAAGCCGGGUGGAGCUCUGAGGAAGUUUCGGACGCUUUGGGUUUCAAUUUUCGACCCGAGAAGGAGAGGAAACCGGCUAAGAAGCUGUCUCCGGAGCUCGUGGAAAAAAUAGGGAAACUGGCUGAGUCGGUUUCCCGGUAAUAUUUGCAUUUUUCUAUUUUUUAAAAAUAAUUUUUUGGGAAAUUGAAAGGAUCGUUGGGCCUCGGGUUUCGGGUUUCCCCCAUCGGGUUAAAAAAAUCGAAUACAUAGGGGGACGCGUUUGUAUUAUUAAACAAAGAUUAUGAGUAAAAAAGACAAAAUGAAGAGUUCAAAUUACAAGGAAAUAAUUUAAACAUAAAUAAUUGAUAAUCCUAUUUUUAAGACAAAAUUAUGGUUUCUGUAAUUAUGUUGUUGGCUUAAUUAUGUGGAAACAGCUCAUACUGAUGGGUUUAUUUAGUUGUACAAAAGCAUAAAAAUACUAUUAAUUAAUUUUAUUAUGAUUGGUUCUUUUGUUUAAA